UGUUUUCACACUGAGUGUGACCUGUAGCAACAAGUUCGCUGCUGAUUGCAUCACAUCCGCACACACAUAGACACACACAGAGAGUGAGAGAGAGAGAGAGAGAGAGAGAGACUUUUCCUCCUCUAGGUGAGUCAAAGCUGAAAGAGGAAGCAGGAUGUCAUGACGGAGGGCUGGUGCUAUGGCACUAUGUCUGUCUCUGCCCAGAGUAAGGGCCACUACUGCCACAAAGGAUUGUGGGAAAUGACCCCCGAUGUUUUGCUGUUGAUCUUGGCACUGGCAGCCUGUCUGACUGAGCCUGUUCACUGUAAGAAGGACAAUGGAACUAGAUUUCCAGAAACAGAAGCACAACGCACUGAAGAACGGAUCUUGAAUGUAACACACACUCCUGCAGUGACCAAUGUAACAUGGAACAGCACCAUUGCAGUUGACACCCAGGAGGAAUGGUUUUCCGGAGGUGCUGAAACAUAUGCGCAGGUUACUUUGGAGCAUAUUUCCACGACGAAGCUGAUUCCUAAUGUAACACGUAUAAAAGCACCCAACACGACCACAGAAGUGAAGCGUAAGUCAGUACCCUACACCUCCUUUGAUAACACUACAUUAGAAAACCAAAAUGAUGAAGAGCAAAAUAACAACACGCAGGAAGAUGACGAACAGGAAGAGGACAAGUGGAAGGUCUUCUUUAUCAUCAUCGCAGUGUGUAUGUCCCUCGUUCUGCUCCUGGCAGCCGUCGUGGCCAGAUUAGUGAUCACACACAGGAGGAGGAACAAAAACACAGCCGAUCCUGAGAAGGACGACCCGUAUCUGGAUGAUGAAGAUGGAGAGAAAGUGCCAAUGCCCAUGUUUGAAGACGACAUGCCCUCUGUGAUGGAGCUGGAAAUGGAAGAUAUUGAGAAAUGGAUGAUAAAAGGAGGGAGUGACAUCAGCAUGGACUCAAAACAGAGGCAUCCUUCAUGAACACACUUCUGUAAUUGCAGUGGGAGUCGGAUAGAGAGAGAGAGAGAGAGAUGGAGCACUCGGUAUCCUAUCACACUAGUAGUGUCUUUUCUCUGAACACACACACACACACACCCUCUCUGAAUCCUUAUUGGAAAAACAUCACCAUUACAUUUAAAUGCAAAAAAAAAGACAUAGGCUAUCACAAUUCCUGUGUGUGUGUGUAAAAGAACCUGCACUGUUUUUGAAGUCUACUGAGAACACACACACACACACACACUCACUGGGAUUCUGCUCAACUUCUUCCUAAUACAGCCCUUUUUAUUAUAACAACAUGACAUAUAGGAAAAAGUUUGAGCCAUAACAGGGCAAACUGUGUAUGUAUGAUGGGUAGAUCGGGACAUAAUUAGGCUGGCAGUGAUAUGCAUAAGUGAUGUUAUAAUAUAAAUUUUUCUUUAUGCAUUCCUGUGAGAUUAGGAGGCCCAUCAGAAAUCAUACUUAAUAGUGUUUGUUAACAUGGUCACAUUCACAUUUCCUGUCUGUUUCUUUGUUCUUUUUUUUUAAUUUAAAUGUGUUUUAUUACUCGAGAUGGAUAUAUUGCUGUUUUUUGUAAAUAUGGAGAACAUACUAUAUUUUGCAGCCAUUUUGUUUUCUUAUUAUGAGUUUUAUGAGUUUCGUAUCUUCACUCUGCUACUGUUUGUUUAAACCCUUUUGUGAACUGAGAUACUUUGUGUGGUUUUUUUAAUUCCAACAAUUAAACACUGUCAUUUGUGUAGUUGUA